UUUUUCUGUUACUGUGAAGUUUUGCUGCCGAUGCUCGUGCUGGAGGUUCUGCCUACUCGCCUCUCUGGAUAGCCGCCGUGAAAAACGGAUAAAACGGGAAAGACAAGGAGGCACGGACUUUUAAGCGAGUGAACGGGGCCGGGAUAACGAGGCAUCAAAAGGCAGCGAGCUUACCGGGCCGUUAGUUUCGCGCACAUCGUCUUAAGUGCGCACGGGAGUGUUUACUGCGCCUCGGCAGCGCUCUGUAGGAGAGAGAGAGAGACACCGGAGGACCGGGUGAACGGCAGUUCAGCAUGGAUUACCAUCAUCAACAGCAGCAGCAUCAUCAACAGCACUACGAUGGGGGAGAGAACGACUACAGGCAGCAGGAAGAUGACUGGGACCGGGAUCUGCUGCUCGACCCCGCUUGGGAGAAACAGCAGCGAAAGACCUUUACUGCAUGGUGUAAUUCUCACUUACGAAAGGCAGGAACGCAGAUCGAAAACAUUGAGGAAGACUUUAGAGACGGCCUCAAACUCAUGCUGCUCUUAGAGGUCAUCUCAGGAGAGCGCUUGGCGAAACCAGAGAGAGGGAAAAUGAGGGUCCAUAAGAUCUCCAAUGUGAACAAAGCUCUGAACUUCAUUACCAGCAAAGGAGUGAAACUGGUUUCUAUUGGAGCAGAGGAGAUUGUUGAUGGAAAUGCUAAGAUGACUCUGGGAAUGAUCUGGACCAUCAUCCUCCGCUUCGCCAUCCAGGACAUCUCAGUGGAAGAGACGUCAGCUAAAGAAGGUCUUUUGCUGUGGUGCCAGAGGAAAACAGCUCCAUACAAAAAUGUCAACAUUCAGAAUUUCCACAUAAGCUGGAAGGAUGGAUUGGGAUUCUGUGCACUCAUUCACAGACAUCGCCCAGAGCUCAUUGAUUAUGGUAAACUGCGCAAGGAUGAUCCAAUGACUAACUUGAACACCGCCUUUGACGUAGCUGAGAAAUACCUGGACAUCCCUAAGAUGCUGGAUGCAGAAGAUAUUGUUAGUACGUUGCGUCCAGACGAAAAGGCCGUCAUGACAUACGUGUCAUGUUACUACCACGCUUUCUCAGGCAAACAGAAGGCCGAGACAGCAGCCAAUCGGAUCUGCAAAGUGUUGGCUGUCAAUCAAGAAAACGAGCAGCUGAUGGAGGACUAUGAGAAACUAGCCAGUGAUCUCUUGGAGUGGAUUCGCCGAACCAUCCCGUGGCUGGAGAACCGGGCUCCCGAGAACACCAUGCAGGCCAUGCAGCAGAAAUUGGAAGAUUUCCGGGACUAUCGCCGUCUUCACAAACCCCCUAAAGUUCAAGAGAAAUGUCAGCUGGAGAUCAACUUUAACACACUUCAAACCAAACUACGCCUCAGCAACCGGCCUGCAUUCAUGCCCUCAGAGGGAAAGAUGGUUUCGGACAUCUCCAAUGCUUGGGGGGGUUUGGAAGGAGCAGAAAAGGGUUAUGAGGAAUGGCUACUAAAUGAGAUACGCAGACUUGAGAGACUUGACCAUCUCGCAGAGAAAUUUCGCCAAAAAGCUGCCAUCCAUGAGGCCUGGACUGAUGGCAAGGAGGAGAUGUUGCAGCAUAAAGACUUUGAGACGGCAACCUUGUCUGAGAUCAAAGCUCUGCUGAAGAAGCAUGAAGCAUUUGAGAGCGACCUCGCGGCUCAUCAGGACAGAGUGGAGCAGAUCGCUGCCAUCGCACAGGAGCUCAAUGAGUUGGAGUACUAUGACUCUCCCAGUGUAAAUGCGCGCUGUCAACGGAUCUGUGAUCAGUGGGAUUUACUGGGAGUUUUGACUCAGAAACGCAGUGAGUCCUUGCAGAGGACUGAAAAGCUGCUGGAAACAAUUGAUCAACUGUACCUUGAGUUUGCCAAAAGGGCGGCGCCCUUUAACAACUGGAUGGAGGGAGCCAUGGAAGACCUGCAGGACACUUUUAUUGUUCACACAAUUGAGGAGAUACAGGGUCUCAGCACAGCCCAUGAGCAGUUUAAAGCCACGCUGCCCGAGGCGGAUAAGGAAAGACUGUCCAUCCUCGGCAUCCAAAAUGAAAUUGCUAAAAUUGUACAAACAUACCACGUCAACAUGGCUGGCACCAACCCGUACACCACUAUCGACCCCCAGGAGAUCAACACCAAAUGGGAAAAGGUGAGGCAGUUAGUACCCCAGAGAGAUCAGGCCCUGAUAGAGGAACAUGCCCGUCAGCAGAAUAAUGAGAGACUGCGUAGACAAUUUGCCAAUCAGGCCAACGUCAUCGGGCCCUGGAUUCAGACCAAGAUGGAGGAAAUCGGCCGGAUCUCGAUCGAAAUGCACGGCACCCUGGAAGAUCAGCUGACUCACCUGCGGCAGUACGAGAAGAGCAUCGUAAACUACAAACCAAAGAUCGACCAGCUUGAGGGAGACCACCAACAAAUACAAGAAGCACUUAUUUUUGACAACAAACACACAAACUAUACCAUGGAGCACAUCCGAGUUGGUUGGGAGCAGCUUCUCACCACCAUUGCUCGGACCAUUAAUGAGAUCGAGAACCAGAUUCUGACCCGUGACGCCAAAGGCAUCAGCCAGGACCAAAUGAAUGAGUUCAGAGCCUCGUUUAACCACUUCGACCGAGAUCACUCUGGCACGCUGGGCGCUGAGGAAUUCAAAGCCUGCCUUAUCAGUCUGGGCUUCGAUAUCGGGAACGACGCACAGAAGAGAACAGGCAUGAUGGAUGCAGAAGACUUCCGAGCCUGCCUCAUCUCCAUGGGUUAUAAUAUGGGAGAGGCGGAGUUUGCUCGCAUCAUGAGCAUCGUGGAUCCUAACAGACUGGGAGUGGUCACAUUCCAGGCUUUCAUAGACUUUAUGUCUCGUGAGACGGCCGACACAGACACUGCUGAUCAGGUCAUGGCAUCAUUUAAAGUCCUUGCUGGAGACAAGAACUAUAUUCUGGCGGAUGAGCUGAGGCGUGAACUCCCCCCUGACCAGGCUGAAUACUGCAUCGCCCGCAUGUCGCCUUACACCGGCCCCGAUGCCGUCCCGGGAGCUCUCGACUAUAUGUCCUUCUCCACUGCCCUGUAUGGGGAGAGUGACCUCUGAAUUAUGACCUUUGAAUGUGGGAUCAAGCUGCCUUCUGAUACAAACACAGAAAAAUAAAAAACAUGCAUAUUCAUACACAAACAUAGCUCGCACACAAUGAGAAUAGAAGUGGUUCUUCAGUGCUGCUCUAGCACCAAGCAGAGAAGCAGAACUGGUCCCAGAUCAGCCAAUCAGAGCAUUUUCCAUAAGUAAUGCUCAACUUUUUGUCAUUUUAUAUUCAGCCCAGCCCUUUCCUGUUUGCCAUAUACAACUUCCUGCUUUCUUCAGCCACGUUUAUAAAGUGUGUUUUGUCUAUAUUGAGGAUUGUUAAUCCAGAAAGGUUAAAUCUCACUGUCAGUGCUUGAGUCACAAAGAUUCAUUUAAAGAGCUGUGACCUCUGACCCCUGUGAAUCAGCAUGACCAUAUGGUUCUGAUUGAUCUGCUUUUUUCUUAGAAAUGCUUGUAGUUCAUGAAGGCAAUUGAGAUUUCAUAAACAGACCUUCCCUUUUCUGCUUCCAGGCACAACAUUGAAAACUUUCCCUGGGAGGAAUGUUUUCUGUAUUUUUACUUUUUAUUUCAUUUUGUUUGUUUUUCCUCUUCAUAAAGGAAUAAAGUUAACAUAUUUUAUUAUACUGAACAGAAAAAGUAUUUUUCUUCACCUGAUGAAAAAACUUUAAAAAAGUAAGAAAUUUUAAAAUAAAGAAACAAUCACAA